AUGACUGAGAAUGCCACUCGCCCAUUGAACGGUAUGGGGGCCACAAUUCCCGUUUCACGUCGUACAGUCGAUUUCCAUCCCGAAAGCACGGUUAAAGUCAUCCCCUUGGGUAUGAACGGAAACUGUGUCCGGGACGAUAGCUCCGACAGCGCCUCCGUCUCCUCCGCCUCAGAAACACACGAAGCAACCGCUACUGGGGAACGAAACCGCCCGAUAAUGACUCGCAAGGCCUCUUCACCCAUGGCACCUACCUUCAUGGUGUCCGCGCCGGGCAAGGUUAUCGUCUUUGGCGAGCACGCUGUGGUCCACGGCAAGGCUGCCAUGGCCGCAGCCAUCUCUCUUCGCUCCUACCUUCUUGUCACUACCCUUUCCAAAUCGCAGCGCACGAUAACCCUGAACUUCCGGGACUUGGGUCUUAGUCACACUUGGGAUAUUGACACCCUACCUUGGGACAAGUUCCACGAGCCGUCCAAAAAGAAGUUUUACUACAGCCUUGUCACUGAACUCGACCCAGAACUCGUCGAGGCAAUCGAACCACACCUCCAGGGCGUCUCUAAAGGCCUCCCAGAGGAGCAGCGCAAUAUUCACAUCCGCUCCGCAUCCUCGUUCCUCUAUCUCUUCCUCUCCUUAGGCUCCCCGCAAAGCCCAGGCGCCAUCUACACUCUUCGAUCCACCAUCCCUACCGGAGCCGGCCUAGGCAGCAGUGCCAGUGUCUGCGUCUGUCUCAGUUCUGCGCUGCUUCUUCAAAUCCGUACCCUCGCCGGGCCCCACCCAGACCAGCCACCGGAGGAGGCAGAGACACAGAUCGAACGUAUCAACCGCUGGGCAUUCGUCGGCGAGCUCUGCAUCCAUGGCAAUCCCAGUGGGGUAGAUAACACAGUGGCCGCAGGCGGCAAGGCUGUGAUUUUCCGACGCGAUGAUUACACGAAACCUCCAACAGUCGUCUCGCUACCUACUUUCCCCGAACUCCCUCUCCUACUUGUCGACACCCAACAAGCGCGUUCCACAAAGACAGAAGUCGACAAAGUCGGAGCUCUAAGAGACGCUCACUCCAUCGUGACGGAGUCAAUACUUAACGGCAUCGAUCAAGUGACGAGCUCUGCACAACGUUUGAUUGAGGACCCUAGCUUCGAGGGCAUCUCCGAGGCCACCCUCGCCCAUUUCGGAACCCUGAUCCGUAUAAACCACGGCUUCCUUGUCUCCCUGGGCGUCUCCCACCCCCGCCUCGAACGUAUUCGUGAACUUGUCGAUUACGCCGACAUUGGCUGGACAAAGCUGACCGGUGCAGGCGGUGGCGGAUGUGCCAUUACCCUCCUCCGGCCCAACGCGAAGGCCGAAGUCAAGCAGGAUCUCGAACGGAGGUUUGAGGAGGAGGGUUUCACUACGUAUGAGGUUACCCUCGGCGGUGACGGUGUCGGUGUUCUCUACCCGGCCGUCCUACGUAAUGGAUCGGACGAAGAGGGAGGUGAAGAGAUCGAUCAACAGAAGUUCGAAAAUGCCGAGGGCCCUGAAGGUAUUGAGCGUCUUGUUGGCGUCGGAGUAGAGGAGAGGAGAGAGGGCUGGAAGUUCUGGAAGCGGGCGACGAAUUAA